CAUCUACAUGACAGGUCUGUCAAUGGAAGCAAUACCAUUUUUUUGUGUUUUUCUAUCCAUCUUGAAACUUGACUUGAUUGGGACGAUUAUUUUUAAGUUCAAGGCCAUUUUAAUCUAAAAUGUGGUGCGCUUUUACAAGAAAUUUAUCUUCUUUCAGAAUCUAUUUACAUUUUUUACCUUUCUAAAAUAUUUAGUGUCACGUGAUCCGAUCUUAUAUUGAAUUUUAAUUGGUCGUCGGUGAGCGUGCCCUGCGCGACGCAAGAGGCGCAAUAAUAGUUUUCCAAAAUGCCGUCGGAAUCUAAACCUUUGUUGGCAGCUCAAACAGAAAAACCAAAUCAUUACAAAUAUCUAAAGGAAUUUCGUGUGGAGCAGUGUCCAUCGUUCUUACAACACAAAUGUACUCAACAUAGGCCUUUCACAUGUUUUCAUUGGCAUUUUAAUAACCAGAGAAGACGGAGGCCUGUUAGAAAAAGAGAUGGAUCAUUCAAUUAUAGUGCUGAUAACUACUGUACCAAAUAUAAUGAAACUUCGGGUAUCUGCGAGGAUGGUGACGACUGCCCGUACUUACAUCGAACGGCCGGUGACACGGAGCGUCGAUAUCACCUGCGCUACUACAAGACAUGCAUGUGCGUCCACGAUACGGACGCCCGCGGGCUCUGCACCAAGAACGGGGCGCACUGUGCGUUCGCGCACGGAGCGCCGGACUUGCGGCCGCCCGUGCUGGACGUGCGCGAGUUACAAGCGCUGGAGAACCCGGACGGCGCGGACGGGGACUCCGCUGCCCCGAACGCGCUGGAUAAGGAGAGGAAUUUGAUGAAUGAGGACCCUAAGUGGCAAGAUACAACCUAUGUAUUAUCAUCAUAUAAGACGGAGCCGUGUAAACGACCACCUAGGUUAUGUAGACAAGGGUAUGCCUGCCCGCAAUAUCACAAUAGUAAAGAUAAACGUAGGUCACCAAGAAAAUAUAAAUAUCGUAGUACGCCCUGCCCUAAUGUGAAGCACGGCGAGGAGUGGGGGGAGCCUAGUAAUUGCGAAGCGGGGGACGCGUGUGGGUACUGUCACACCCGCACCGAGCAGCAGUUCCACCCGGAGAUAUACAAGUCUACCAAAUGUAAUGACGUUCAACAGGCCGGGUACUGCCCUAGAGGGCUAUUCUGCGCAUUUGCACAUGUAGAACCUGAAGAUUUGUCAGCGGCACGCGAACUCGCCGCACCUUUAGAAUGCGGAACAAAUUUAGCGGAAUUAUUAUCAUCGGCCCUCCCCCCCGACAAGAAGAGUAACGAUAACAGCGUCAGUAUGCUCGGCAACGCGCUCAACCUCGACCGCGUGCGCCCGCUCUCGCCCAACCUGCUGCAGACCAAUGGCAGCGGCGAGGGCUCCGAGUGCGCCUCCACCUCCAGCGGGGGCUCCAGCGGCGGCCGCGCCCCGGGCUCGCAGCCGCGCGCGCUGCUGCCGCUCGCCGCCUUCGGGGAAUCGGAGGAGCGGAAAGUUCAACAGCCGCAACAGUCCGUCUGGUCGCAACGCACGUCCACCUUCGACGCGACCGUGCUGCAGGAGGUCGUCGGGAACGCCCUGGAAGACCUGCACCUAGAGGACCCCUUGAAUCUCGUGGCGUCGCUCGACCGCGACCUGUCGGACGGCGAGGGGCUGCUCGGCGGCUCCGCGCCCGUGAAGAUCCCGCAGGCGCGGCCCGCCAUGCGCGGCUUCAGCCCCCCGCGCGGCGGCUCCCCGCUGGCGCCGUUCCUGCGGUACGCGCAGAACGACUCGGAGCGGCUGUUCGGGUCGCAGAUGAAGGCGGGCAGCUUCGGCGCCGCGCCCGCCGGGCCCUUCGAGGGCUUCGGCGCCGCGUCGCCCUCCAACCCCGAGCUGUCGCGCCUGCGCGAGGAGCUGGUGCUGACGCGCGCCGCGGCCGCGCGCUGGGACGAGCGCAUCGCGCAGGCGCGCUCGGCGUGCUCGGCGUGGCAGCGCGAGUCGGACGAGGCGCAGCGCAAGGCGGCGCUGGCGGAGCGGCAGCGGGACGACGCGCUGGCGCACGCGGCGGCGCUGCGGCGCGAGCUGGACGCGGCGCGCGCGGCCGGCCGCCGCGAGCUGCGCGGGCUGCCGCUCACGGCGCUCAAGUCGCUGCAGGCGCAGACGCGCGCCGACCUGGAGGAGAUCGAGAAGGUGCUGUACCUGGAGACGGCCACCAAGUGCAUGGUGUGCGAGGAGCGGCCGCGCAGCGUCACGCUGGCGCCCUGCAACCACUACGUGCUGUGCGAGGGCUGCUCGGCCACCACGGACGAGUGCCCGUACUGCCAGACGCCGGUGCAGCACCACCAGUAGGGGCCGGCGGGAGUUGGUGUUGUCGCGUGUCGUGCUUCGUGAUGUGAUUAGUCUCGGGUUGUCGUGUCGUGUGCCGCGCGGGCGGGCGACUUGUCGCGUCGCAUCGUGUCGCCGAGCGCCGCGACAGGUCGCGCGCUCGCCGCGUUCGUGUGGUAGUUGCUCUCUACUGAAGUAGUCUGUUGAAAGUCACGCUGUGUUUCGGGCUAUCGAUCCAAAACAAAUUACAUAUGUUUCCUUGAUAUUUUUAUAUAGGGGUAAAAUGGGGUCUAACGGGGUAUAUAACUCGAUAAUAAUUAUAGGAUAUUUAAUUUUAGUAAAAGAGCAAGACUUAUUCUGGUAAAAUUAUUGGAUGACAUUAAAAAGCAUGAUAUAGGAUUUUUCGAAUUAACUGCCACUGUCAUUCAUAGUCUAAGAUAGAAAUUAGUCACAGAUUUCCAAUGUUAACAAAUUGAACGAGAACUUUUGCAAAUUUUAUUACGGAUGUAUAAUCACAAUGCCUCUAUCCUAACGAACUAAUGACUUCAUACUAUUAGACUCUUAUCAUAGAAACUUUUGUAUACAAUCGCUAUAUUAACUUGAAAAAUGAAUGACUUUCGUCACUAUAGCUUCUAGUGUUCAAUAUGAUCUAAUUUAGAAAUCCUAACACCAACGCAGCAAUAUUGUUUGUGGACACAAAAUAUACUUUAUAAAUAUACACAUUAUAUCUAUCGGAUAUUUUCAUAUUAAAUCGAAAUAUAUUUAGUGCAUGGUUACACACUGUAGAAGUUUAUAAUAUAUAAGAAUACUAUGCUUUUGAUGUUAAUUGGUUUGUUUGGAUUAGUAUGUGCUAUAUUUGGCGCCAUUUAUCGUGUGAAUUUUGCAAUGUGACUCAGAUUUCACAGAAACGUGUUCAUAAACGUGUGAUGAUGACAGCAAUAUACAAAAGACAAGGAGAGAAAACAUGGUCAAUGAACACGAUUGGCGCGUUAAAUGGCUGUCGCUAUAGUGAAUUGUUGCUUUCUUAAUAUAUGGUUGAACUAUAGCUAUUUAUACCAGUAUGAAGUCUUUAACGUGUGUCAUGCUUUCAACAAUCGUUGCUAUAUCGACUUUGAUGUUAUCAUCACGUUUAUUUAAGCGAUUAUGAAAGCAUGGCGACGAGUAUCAAUUUAUAUAAUGUAGUGUACUAGUUUUGUGUGGAUAUUCACGCUGCAAGAUCAGUUUAUAGGAGUAUGAUCACAACUGAAUCAGAUAUUGUUGUUGUUACGUUUUUUACAUUUUUUAAUGAAGCUAUGUAUGUACUGUAAUGUUAGGGACAAGUGACUGCAUUCUUCCCUCAGUUGUUUUCUAUGCACAAUUUCUGUUUGUUCCGAGUCGGUUACACUGUAAGGACCAAUAUUAAUAUAUCGAAUAUGGUAAGUAUCGGAGAACGCUGGUGUUUUCUUACUCUUCACCCGUUUUGGGCAAUUUCUAUUCGCAUUUUGAAGUCUUGUAUUUUUCGAAUUAUUUUGUCUUGUCUAUGGUCCGUAGUUCCCCAAUCAACAUCACGCCCAGAAUGAACACGCGUGUGAGUGAGACUGCUUUAGUUCCAAAUUUGAAUUUUAUUAUUUUGCGUGGGAGUGAUGUUUCAGAAAAUGACCAUACGACCUUGAGACCACAUUAUUUGAGCCCGUUUUGAAAUACUCGAGGUUCUGUUUUUAUUGAUGCAAAUGAAGGUACUGGUCGAGUUUUUAGAGCAUUUUUAAGUUGACAUUCCCGAUUAGCGAUGUUUUAUUUUCUUUCUUUGGUGUGGGUAUACGUUAUACAAAUUGCAUUUAGUUUUAAUUUAACAAAUUGGUGAGAUAUUGCAAAGAUGGAACGGGCAACACUGUUGGACAUUUUGAAUUGACGAUUUUUCAUGUAUAAGAUGGAAUGAUAUGAAAUUACUACGAUAAGAAUUUACGACUAGGAAGAUAGAAUAGGCUCGUAGGUGAGAGAAAUGUGUGGGGUGAGUUUGAAUUUUCAAGACAAAAUAAAAUUACAUAAAAUAUGUAUUCCUGCUACAAAUUUAUGUAUUUUUUGAUGAAAAUAAUUUCUCUUUUGUAGUCACAAAUAAACAUACUUAAUACAUAUUAAAAUAUUUGUGAAAAGAUAAAACAACUGAACAACUCGUUUGAUUGAAGAUUUUGAAAGAAGAGAUUGAAGGAGAAGCAUUGAAACUUCUUCUUUUUUUUAACUCCACACAAAUUUCUCGACCCGGGGGUCAAACCUGGCUCCGACUUGUUUGUUUUAAUACAAGUUUUGUAUUCCCUUUACGAGUACCAUCUUUUGGGUCAAUAUCUUUAUUGACUAUCAUUUAUUAUCAAUAAAGCUAUUUAGGCAUUUGGAAUUAUGUAAGAUGAACAUUUAUACUAUACGAACGCAUUUUAUAUAAAUUUUAUUUCAAUUUUACUACGUAUUUUUAAAUAUAAUACCUAUUUAUAUAUUUUGAAAAUCUUGAAAAGUUUUUUGUAUCGGUAUAUAAUUAUAUAAAAUUAAUAACAAAUUUAACUAAGAUAUGAUAUAAAUUAGUGGUAAGUAGUGUUUUCAAAUUGUAAUGGACAUAAUUUUUAAGCGUGUAGUAUCGUGAAGCAAUAUGACCACAGCCGCCUUUUACUCAAUAUACAGAUUGGUAUUAUAGGGGCAGCCGUCCAUUGCGCACAUGUUUUAAAUUGAUAAAUCAUACAUUAUACAUUGCAAAAUACUAAGGUAAAAAAUAAACCCGGAGAUAUGAUUAUUAUGAUAAAAAAUGCUCUAGAAUUACAUUUUCAUGAAAAUAAUUCAAAUAUCAUCAUAACGCUUUUAAUGGCAGAAUUAUUAGUGAAAAUAUAACUGAAAAAAUUGUACUGUAAAAUUAAAAUACGUGUGCAGUGGACGACUGCCUAUAUCGUAUGUCUACACGGCACAUUUUGUGUUGGUAGGUUUGCACUACUUGAAAUGUAAUGGAUUAACGAAAGUUUAUACUUGUGCAUAACAGUUAACAACAAGCGUAAUUUAUGAUCUCGAAAGCCAAGAAAGAAAGCUGCAUAAGGAAAUUAAAGCUAUUUGCGUGUCGUUGUUUUCUGUAUUGGUCUGAACCAACGUCAAAUAUGUAGUUGUAAGGCGUAGUGUUUAAAUGCUUUCCUAAAAUAA